AUGGAGAACAAUGGUAGCAAUUCAAAUUCCCAUCAGAAUCACACUGAAAACAGUUCAGCUGAUGCAAGCAAAGAGAAGAAAGAUGUUUUUGUAAACCAUGCUGAGAUAGCUUGGCAUCAAAUGAGGAAGGAAUGGGUUGGUAAUCAGUCUAAAAAAUUGCAGAGAUCACUGAAAGAUUCAAUUAUGAGCUUGACAACUAGUUAUGAGGAUAUGCUUUUAUCUACAGAAGCUUUUCCACUGCCAAUUCCAUUAGCUGAUAUGGUGGAUUUUCUUGUGGACUUUUGGCAUGAUGGGGGUCUCUAUGAUUAG